GAGUCGAUCUCAAAAUAAUAAUAAAAAGAUGAAAUAAUUAACACAACACUUUCCUCUCAUCGAUCUCAACAUUUUCCAAACAUUAAUCAAAUAUGUCUCCGAUUUCAAAUCUCUUCCCCGACAACACAAUCAAUCUCACUCCUUACGCAAUUAUCAUUCUCACCGCUAUCUUCUCGAUUCUAUGGUACCUCUUCAAACGCUCAACGCAACCGCCUCUACCGCCUGGACCACGAGGGUUACCUAUAGUCGGGAACCUCCCGUUUCUUGACCCGGACCUUCACACCUACUUCGCAAACCUAGCUCAAAGUCACGGUCCAAUCUUUAAACUCAAUCUUGGCACAAAACUAACCAUCGUGGUCAACUCUCCAACUCUGGCUCGAGAGAUCUUGAAAGAUCAAGACAUCAAUUUCUCAAACCGAGACGUCCCUCUCACUGGCCGAGCCGCUACCUAUGGCGGUAUAGACAUCGUUUGGACACCAUAUUGCGCCGAAUGGAGACAGCUUAGAAAAAUAUGCGUCCUCAAACUCCUUAGCCGCAAAACUUUGGAUUCUUUCUACGAGCUCCGACGCAAAGAAGUCCGGGAAAGAACAAGAUAUCUAUACGAGCAAGGCCAAGAAGAAUCCCCGGUUAAAGUUGGAGAUCAAUUGUUUCUUACGAUGAUGAAUCUAACGAUGAAUAUGUUAUGGGGAGGGUCGGUGAAAGCAGAGGAGAUGGAGAGUGUUGGAAAAGAGUUUAAGGGAGUUAUCUCUGAGUUAACUGGACUUUUGAGUGAGCCUAAUGUUUCGGACUUUUUCCCGUGGCUAGCGAGAUUUGAUCUUCAAGGGCUUGUGAAGAGGAUGCGUGUGUGUGCCGGAGAGCUCGAUGCGGUACUUGAUCGAGCCAUCGAGCAGAUGAAACCGUUAAGAGGAAGAGAUGAUGAUGAUGGUGAAUGCAAAGACUUCUUGCAAUAUUUGAUGAAGUUAAAGGACCAAGAAGGUGACUCGGAGGUUCCCAUCAGCAUUAAUCAUGUCAAAGCCGUACUCACGGAUAUGGUGGUUGGUGGCACAGACACAUCGACGAACACGAUAGAGUUUGCGAUGGCCGAGCUAAUGAGCAACCCGGAGCUGAUAAAAAGAGCACAACAAGAGCUAGACGAAGUUGUAGGCAAAGACAACAUUGUUGAAGAAUCACACAUCACAAGACUUCCUUACAUAUUAGCCAUUAUGAAAGAAACACUUAGGCUUCACCCAACCCUUCCUUUGUUAGUCCCUCAUCGUCCGGCUGAAAGCACCGUGGUGGGCGGCUACACUAUCCCUAAAGACACUAAGAUCUUCGUCAAUGUUUGGUCUAUUCAGAGAGACCCAAAUGUGUGGGAGAAUCCAACUGAGUUUCGUCCUGAAAGGUUUCUUGAUAACAACUCUUGUGAUUUCACUGGAGCCAAUUAUAGCUAUUUUCCAUUUGGAUCGGGCCGGAGAAUUUGCGCCGGUAUAGCACUAGCCGAGAGGAUGGUUUUGUACACUCUCGCGACACUAUUGCAUUCGUUCGAUUGGAAGAUACCGGAAGGCCACAUGUUGGACUUGAAAGAGAAGUUUGGGAUUGUCUUGAAGCUCAAGACCCCUCUCGUCGCCUUGCCCAUUCCGAGGUUGUCCGAUUCAAAUCUUUACCUAUAGAUGCGAAGAUUGUACCUUAGGCAAUUCUUAUACUAUUAAAAUAAAAUUAGUACUUGUUAUU